AUGACCGUGCCGUUCGGGGCUGAUAAUGACAAAAAAAGGCUGGAGCUCCAGGAUGAGGAGCUCGCCGCAGGUUCGCUGUCUUCUAACCCGGAAGGACGCGAGCCCACAGAAUCCGAGAAGCGCACGCUGAGGCGAGUCAGCGACUCCAUCCCCAAAGUGGCCUACGUUGUUGCCGUCGUGGAGCUCUGCGAGCGCUUCACGUACUACGGCGCUUCCGCCCUGUUUCAGAACUAUGUUUCCACCCACCAUGGCUUGGACCAGCCGAGGAAGACGGCCACUGCACUGUCAACGUUUUUCAUCUUCUUUUCAUAUGUGACCGCCAUCUUUGGAGCCGUCGUCGCAGAUCAGUACCUAGGAAGAUAUAAAACCAUCCUUGUCUUCUCUGGCAUCUACAGCGUCGGCCUCCUCAUUCUCUGGUCAACGGCCCUAGCCGAGUCUCUGGGAAAUCAGGGGAAACUUGCUGCCUUUGCCGUUUCCCUGACCAUCAUCGGCUUGGGUACUGGAGGCAUCAAGUCCAAUGUGGCACCUAUGAUCGGGGAUCAGUAUAAGCAUCGGCCUCUGGUCACGCGAACUGAUUCCAAGACGGGCGAACGUGUCAUUGUAGAUCCGGCCAUCACGUAUAAUCGCAUAUACAUUCUUUACUAUGGAUGUAUCGAGAUCGGGUCGCUUUCUAGUCUUGCUACGCCUUUUAUGGAACGAGAUUAUGGGUUCUGGCAGCCGUUUCUCAUGACGUUCCUCGUCUUCUGCGUGGCCGUCGCUGUAUUUGUAUGGGGCCGCAGAUACUACGUGAUCGAACCGCCCCGCGGCUCCGUCAUCGUCAGCUGCUUCAAAGCCGUCGGCAUCAUGAUUGCCAACCGCUCCCUCGAUGCCCCCAAACCCUCCCGGCGCGCCGCGCAAGGCAUCACCACCUCCGUCCCCUGGGACGACAAAUUCGUCGACGAGGUCAAGCAGACGCUCAACGCUUGCAAGCUGUUCGCCUUUUACCCCGUCAUCUGGAUCUGCUUUUCGCAACUGUCAUCGAACCUCGUCUCCCAGGCUGGCCAGAUGAAACGCGGUGAUGUCCCCAACGACUUUAUGCGGAGUCUUGAGACUGUUACUAUUCUGUUGUUUCUGCCCAUCAUUGACCGGGUUAUCUUUCCCGUCUUGCGGCGCCAUGGCAUCAUUCUCCGCCCUAUUAAGCGUAUCACCAUCGGCUUUGCCUCCAUCGGCCUUGGUGUCGCGUACGCCGCCAUCGUCCAGCACCUCAUAUACAACGCAGGGCCGUGCUACGAUAAACCACUGGCGUGUCCGGCGGCUAAGCAAGAUGGCAAGAUUCUGCCAAAUGACGUCCACAUUGCGGUGCAGACCCCGCUCUACGUCUUCUUCGGCCUCGCGUCGCUCUUCAUCAACACGACGGGACCCGAGUACGCCUAUACUCACUCGCCUCCCGGGCUGAAAAGUUUCGUUCAGAGUCUUUAUCUGCUGACAGUGGCUGUUGGGAGCGCCAUUGCGCUGUCCCUCGUUCCCGUCACGGGCGAUCCCGACGUUUUGUGGAUGUACACGGGGGUCGCUGUAGCUGUUUUUGUGAUUGGUACGGCCAUGUAUAUCCUCCUUCGACAUUUGGAUGCCGAGGAGGACAAGCUUUAUGAGUCGAAAGAUUACUAG